GAAAUUAGCAAUCAAAGCUCCAUUCAUGGAUGGAUAAACUCCAUUUUCAACACUUUUGAACUGCUGGGGAUAGUCAGUGGCCUUCCCAGGCAUCGUCUCUGCGAGAAGGCGAAAGCAAGCACGGCCAGCUCGGGAAGAAGCGAGCGAAGCAAGACCAUGUCCCCCUCCUCCCCCACUCUUCGCUCGCUCGCUCAUUAAUGGCGGCCACGGCAUGGGUCGAGCCGUUGCAUCCAUGCGCCAACCGCCCCCACCUUGCCCUCCUUACCACAAUGCCGGCUGCCGGCCAGCUCCGCCCCCGGGAUCCUUGAGCUGGAGGUGGGUGGCGACGUAAAGGCGGCCGCUUGCUUUACGUGCCUCGAUCCACUUACUUAUCCCUGCGUCGGGGGCGCUGUUCUUGGAUUGUGCUUGAUUUGUGUCUUGCGUUGUGUGGUUGUGGGUGGUGGUGGAUGACAUGGUGUUCUUGGCAUUUUCUGAGGGGAAGAGUGGGGGUGCUGUAUUAGGUUCCUGGUUGGUGAGCGGCGUUUGAAGCGAUUUCGUGCGUGGCGGAGUCGUUGGGUGAUGCAAGAAUUGGACUCUGGGCGGGUGGGAAAGCCUCGCGCUCAGGGUGUUCGAUUAAUUGCCUCAGAGAGCACACGCCUCUGAGUUUGAGCUGAGCCAUUUUUGGUGUACUGGUUUCUGAAUUCUGAUCGGUCGCGAGAGGGAUGGUUGGGAGCGUGCACAUGAAUGGAUCGGUGCACGGUGCUAAUGGCACUGAGGAGCGGCUGGACCAGCUGCGCCGGCUGCUCGGCAAGUCGGACAGCGACUUGCUCAAGAUCGUCAGCAUUGGUGCCGGCGCGUGGGGCAGUGUCUUUGCUGCUCUCCUGCAGGACGCCUAUGGUCAUUUCCGGGAGAAGGUGCAGAUAAGGAUUUGGCGCCGCCCGGGGCGGACAGUGGACCGGUCCGUUGCCGAGCAUUUGUUCGAGGUGAUCAACUGGAGGGAGGACGUGCUGAGGCGCCUGAUCUGCCGGUGCGCCUACCUGAAGUAUGUCGAGGCACGGCUCGGGGACCGGACGUUAUAUGCCGAUGAGAUACUGAAGGAUGGAUUCUGUUUGAACAUGAUCGACACACCACUCUGCCCUUUGAAGGUCGUCACCAACCUGCAGGAAGCUGUCUGGGACGCUGACAUUGUGGUGAAUGGGUUACCAUCCACUGAGACGAGGGAGGUGUUUGAGGAGAUUAGCAAAUAUUGGAAGGAGAGGAUCAGUGUUCCAGUAAUAAUUUCCCUUGCAAAGGGGAUAGAAGCCUCAUUGAAUCCAAUUCCUCGUAUCAUUACACCUACACAAAUGAUUAGUUCUGCAACUGGAGUUCCAACUGAGAAUAUACUCUAUCUUGGAGGACCAAACAUUGCCUCAGAAAUUUAUAACAAAGAAUAUGCAAACGCUCGAAUCUGUGGAUCAGACAAGUGGAGGAAACCUCUUGCUAAGUUUUUGAGGCAGCCACAUUUCAUUGUCUGGGACAACGGUGAUCUUGUCACUCAUGAGGUGAUGGGUGGCCUGAAGAAUGUCUAUGCUAUUGGCGCCGGAAUGAUGGCAGCUUUGACAAAUGAGAGCGCAACGAGCAAAUCUGUAUAUUUUGCUCAUUGCACGUCGGAGAUGAUAUUCAUUACUCACUUACUGACAGAGCAACCUGAGAAACUUGCUGGUCCUCUACUGGCUGACACUUAUGUAACUCUCCUAAAAGGUCGUAAUGCAUGGUAUGGGCAAAUGCUUGCCAAGGGAGAACUCAGUCCUGACAUGGGUGAUAGCAUCAAGGGAAAGGGGAUGAUUCAGGGUAUCUCUGCCGUUGGUGCAUUUUUUGAGCUACUUAGUCAACCCAGCUUAAGUGUGCAACACCCAGAAGAAAACAAGCAAGUUGCUCCUGCUGAACUAUGCCCGAUUCUGAAGAGGCUUUAUAGAAUACUGAUAAAAAGGGAGCUCCCAGUAAGAGGCAUUCUCCAAGCCCUGAGAGAUGAAACAAUGAAUGAUCCUCGCGAAAGGAUUGAGAUGGCACAAAGCCAUGCAUUCUACCGCCCGUCUCUCCUCGGAAAACCAUGAUCUUAUUAGUCCUGUAUAUGAGUCGAAUAUAAACGAAGGCUGGAUAAAAUUAAAUUUGCUAUGCUACCGAUCAUUCUUGAUCAAACUUGGAGCAGGUAUCUCUGCAUUGAUGCUGGCCUGUGUCUGAGUUGCAGGGGCUUUAUUAGUUGUGGAAUUCUUUGUGCUUCUUGCAUUGCCAUAUUGUACAAGAGAUUACUGAAUCAAUAAAUGUUAUAAGCACCUAUUAUAUGACCACCCAGUUGAGAGUACUCGAGGAAGAAAAUUUUCUUUAUGGAAAUUAGCAAUCUGCAAUGU